AAGGUCGAGUUAGUUUCUUCCCCGGCCAACUGCCAGAAUCGUAUAUCCUUUCUACUCCUCGUACCUUGUUUGUCACUGACUCAUCUCGACACGCAUGCGUGGUGCAAACAUUAUCCUGUGAUAUCAGAGUAAUUCUAACGUCGUGGUCAGCUUCGUGCACUGACUACUAAUCUUUGAGCCACAGACGAAUGAAGCUUCCACUGACAUGCACAUUGAAGUGUUCUUUGCCGGUUCGGGUGUGUAUGCUAUCCGACGUCUGUCUUUCUAUUUGCUAUAGGAUAUCGCAUGUUUUUGCUGGGACUGUAGUCCGCUGGUAAUAUGGAAGUUUACUAUACUGACAAUCCCUUUCACGUUCUGUCUCAGACUCAGGAGCGCAUGCACGAAAUAAUAGUUGGGAUCUUCGCGAUAAGUGAGCGUGCUGUUUUUCUCCGUUUUACGCCACACAUUCACUGGACAACCUCUGUGGCCAAAUGCGCGCUUGGCCACAGUGAUAAACUGACUCUCUUUGUUCCCAACUUGCACCCUACGCUCUCACGAUAAUGUGGCCUUUCAACGCAAUUAUCCAGUACUUUUCUCCCUCACCUCGCACGCCUCUUGCCAAAGUGCCUGCAGAACCAGUGUCCGAUGCAUCGGACCGCAUCGAACCUCUCCAGAUCUCACUGGACCACCCCAAUGAGCCUAACCUGGCAUCCAAUGGGAUUGCUCUUUCAGAGGGCUCGAGGGAAACACCUCCAGUUGAUCAAGAAACGCUUAUGGAGGAAAUUGACAUGUUGUUGGCCCAAAUAACUUCGGAGUCAGGCGCAUACGAGCUACCACCAGAGACGCUAUCGGCUUUGGAGACCGCGUUCGAACCAAACUCACUCAUGGCGAGCGGGGACUUGACAUGCUCCGAGACAAAUAUCGAAUUUUACGCAGCGGACAUCCUCGAUGAUACAUCGGCACCAGAUGAUGCGGCAGAAAUAUACCGUACUCCAACCAUACGUCUCGUCACCCCUCCUCGUCGUUCAAGGAGACUUAGGGUAGACCCUACAUCUCUUUCGCACAUCCAACGUUCCCAACCAUCAUUAACGUUGGGUUUGAAAACGCGACGACCUCUGCCUGUGCCUCCUCCUUUGCUCCUGCGAGGUUCAGCCGCUACUAGAUCAAGGAUCGUGAAGAGGACGUAUAUCCGAAAGCGGGACUCGUAUCCUUUGAUCGAGUCGGUGCUGCUGGCAACACUCUACGUUCACAAUGACCACUUCAUAUCCUAAAUAUCUUUUACUUUGAUUUUUCGAUGCUUAGCAAAUGCACGAAAUUUUAUCCGUUCUCAUUCUGUUCUUUCACGUCAGAUUUCUUCGGUAUAUGUAUUGAUUUUCGUUUAACCUAUUUGCUCUUCGUUUUCGCGGAUUUUCAAACGUCGGACAUGUAUGAUAGUAGUACAGUACUUACAUCAAAAACUAACACGAGCUAGACGAACAGAGUUCGUUCGUUCAAUUACAGGUC